CUUACAGAGUUAGCAGCUGGGGGGGUGAGAAAAACUGCCUACCUUCGUCAUGGGUCAGCUGGUAUUUCACUCUUUCAUCCUGGGAGUCUGUGGCAGUGUCUACGCCUUCUGUAUCACCCAUCAGGGAAGGUUUAAGUCAUAUGGGAACCCUGAUGAGUACUUGGUAGGCGUGGGUACACAGAAAACACACAAAAAUCUCGUUACUCAAGGAUUAAGUCUGCAGCGCACAACCACUCGCCGUGACAAGAUGGACACUGGCUGGCGAUCCCUGAACACCUUUUCCCCCCUGAACCGACAGCUUCGGACUGGGACACCCUUACAGAACAGCCUGGCAGAGCUCUGGGCCCUUCUGAACUUCCUAAUGCCAGAUAUUUUUGAUUCCCUUGAUGUUUUUGAGUCCUGGUUCAACGUGGGGGAGAUGCAGGAGGAAGGAAGUGACGAGAGGAUUCUGAGGCAGGAACGAGAGGGACAGGUCAUCUCCACUCUAAUGAAGUUGACGGAGGGGCAAGCCAGUCUCUCUUAUGGAAAACAACAGCUUUGAGAGACGCGCUUGCUAAUUGUCACUGCAGGUGGGCCACUCUCCCCUGCCACAGUCCAUCACCACACACUGCAUCAGAACCUCUGGAGAGUGAC